AUGGGCGUUGACGAAUCCAAUCUGGGUAGUCCAUUCUUACAUACUACGGGCUCAGAUAGCCCGAAGCUCAUAACGUCACCAUUUGGAAAUAGUGCUAACGGUUUCACGCCGUUAUCGUCGGCCGCCGCUCAUCACGCCCUUAAUCUGGCUGCGUUUCGUUCGCCCGGUUUUCUAGGUGCCCAUGGAUUUACGUUUGGUGCUGCGCACAUUGAUAACUAUCGUGAUCAUAGCCCAGAAUCAUUCAUAGAGCAUCCGUCGCCAACGUCCAUCCAUACUAUCAACAACAAUUACAACAACAGCAAUAAUAAUCAAAACAGUGCAAAUUCAUUGAGUGCAUUACAACAAAAUUACAGCACUAACAGUAGUAGUCCGACUAAUACAAAUAAAUAUUUGUCGGCACGUAGUAGCCCACCGACACGUGAUGCCUAUUUGAGUAGUGAUUAUUACCAUAAUAAUAAUACGACAACUGCGUCAGCAAUUAAAGCAGCAAUCGAAAACCAUCAAAAUAAUAGUGACUAUAUUCUGAGUGAAAGACAUCCGUCAAGCCAAAAAAAUAGCGAAUUACAAUUAAAUAAUAAUCACAACAGUAAUAGUUCGUUAGUAAACAUUAAUCGUCGCUUUUCGGAAAGUCCUGAAACACAGCGUUGUGACAGUUCACGAUCAUAUCCAACAAGUCAAAAAAGUGACGAAGGUGAUUACUACGGACCAAAUCAUCAGUGUGACAGUGUGGGCUCACGAAGUCCUGAAAACCUAUCAUCUUCCACAGCGACGGCAACAAAGAAAUCGAACAAUAUGUUGGAUCAUCAUAAACUCCCAUUGAGUUUUCUGGGCCCACCAUUGGCUGCUCUUCAUUCAAUGACGGAAAUGAAAUCGAAUACCGGUAAUUCAGCUCUAAAUACGACCAAUUCCAAUAGUUUCCAGCAGACACAAUCGCAGCUCAGUUCACAUGGUUCAAAUCCCCAUGGAAUAGACACAAUUCUUUCUCGACCGCCACCAGUUACGUCAGCAGGAUUAAAUGCCUUAACUAGUGGAACGAUGCCUCGUUUCUCAAUAGCGGCAGCGGCUGCGAAUAUGGCUCAAUAUUUAUCUCAAAGUCAUAAUGGACAAUUGAAAGGACACUCAGGUUCACUGGUUGAUCGACCGCAUCUAUAUUGGCCAGGUUUGCAAGGUUUAGUUACCAAUCCGAUGGCAUGGCGUGAUCGUUUGACUAAUUCCAUGUCUGCAGGCCUUUCCCAACACCACAAUUCCGAUAAAGAUGGCAAAAAGAAGCACACGAGGCCAACAUUCAGCGGACAACAAAUCUUUGCAUUGGAGAAAACAUUUGAACAAACAAAAUACCUGGCUGGACCAGAAAGAGCGAAGCUAGCCUACGCGUUAGGAAUGACUGAGUCACAAGUUAAGGUAUGGUUCCAGAACCGACGUACAAAGUGGCGAAAAAAGCAUGCAGCUGAAAUGGCCACGGCAAAACGAAAACAAGAAGAGCUGGGUGAUGGUGAUGGGGAUCUCAGUGAGGCAAUUGACAGUGAUGCAGAAAGCCUUGAUAUGAAUGACAGUCCGAGAAAACGGUGCCGCAUGGAUGACGAUAUGAGGCAUUAAUUUUCAAAGAUGCAAUGUGAAUGUCCAACAAGAUUGUAAACAACAUCCAAAAAUUAAGAGAAAAAAUUUAAUUGGCAAUAACAGAAUGAGCGAAAAAGAAAAUCACCACAGAGAUAAUAUUUAUUAGAUUGAUAGAUUCAGUAAUUUAAGUAAAUAAAAAACAAACAAACAGAAAUAACCAAUAUUAAUCGGUGGAUAAACAAAUGCAACGGUAUUAGUUUUAGAAAUAAUGUGAACAAAUUAGCUUCUAGGCAAACAAAAACGAAUUUAUUUUCAAGAUGAACUUAAGAAAUUUGCGAAAGUGUGUGUGACAGUCAAGUUAAUGUAAUUGUAUUUAAAUUUAAUCAAAUCAUUCAAAAGUCGAAAUGGCGUAUAAUCAUGGGUUACAAGUAAAAAAUUUCAUCAUAGAAACUUUUUUUUCAAAAUUCAGUUUGAUCAUAAUUUUGUAUAACAAAAUAAAUUGAGAUUAAGCCAGUAGAAGAAUUAACAACCAUCAUAACGGAUAAACUUAGUGAACCAUAUUUUAGGAUUUCUCAUCUUGAAUUGUCCGCUGUACACACUACACAUAUUAUAAUAUUUACAAGAGUGAAGGUGUUUUGACUUAUUCUUUAGACAUACUUCGUGAUAACUAUAAUAUUUCAGUAGUAACAACAUGAAACGAUCGGUGUUGUCCGUACUACUUGUGAUGAUACCAUGAUCAAUUUCCUUUUUUGGCAUCAUUUAUCAUUUGCAUGGUAACUGUGCAAUUCGGCAACAUUUUGUAAGUAAAAAUACUAUGACUAAACGAAUUCAUUUGCAAUCAUUUUAAGACAAAACACUACUUCUUCAAAGUGAAGAAUGAGACCGCUGUCAAAAGCAGCCUCAUAACAUCAUCAAUUUAAACAUACAAUUUGUUCUAAGAUCCCGACAUUCCCCCGCCUGUAGCGUCAAUCUAUUCGUAGCAUCUACUAUUUUAAAUAUUGCCUUUUAUUUUAACAUUGGCAAAUGAUACAAAGUGAAAAUAAUAAUCUUAGAAUAUUGAAUCCUACGUAAAAUAAUGUUGUGGGCAUAAACAGAAUAACAUAUGCAUAAUAUUGUGUUGGUAACAACGUCAAGAAUGUUGAAAAAAGGUACAUACAUAAUUCAGUAACUUAAUUCCAUUUUCUUUCAUAUGUUUAUGAUUAUUUCUAGAGCUUCGUUAAUGAUAUCACUUGACAAAAACACAUUCACACUAUAUGUUGUACUUGAUUUAAAAUAUUUUCUAAUGCUUUGCAAUUGCGUGCAUAGAUGAUAUGCAAAGAAUACAUACGAUAGUAACAAAACCCCACAGAAUUAAUCAACUAAUUUUUAAGCAAAUAAUAUAAAUCUAACAUUUAGUGUUAAUUGGAACAUGAAUUUAAUGGAAAGAAUAAUAAAAAAACUUCACUUGAAAACAACAAA